AUGUCAUUGCAUGUGGAGCGAGUUGAAAAAUCGAGCCUAGGUGAAAUAUUCGGAGAUCCGACAACUUCACUUGGCAUUGCGGUUCUCUUCAUCUAUGUGCUCUGGACGAUGGCUUCGUUGCUAAAUCUAGAUGUCUGGCCGAUCGUCACCUCGUUCAUUCAAUAUCUAAUCCUCGUGCCAUUUCUCGUCAACGUCUCUGACGUGUUUGCCUUUUGCCACACGUUCAACCUAAGAAACCUGGUGGCCGACGCCGAGCCGGUCCUCGAACUGCCCAAGGUCGAGACCCAGAACGGCAAGGGCAGAAUGGAUGCACUCAACGACGAGAGGCUCGAAGCACAAUACGAGCAGCAGAUGAACAUUAUGAGGCAACGAAGAUUUCUACUGGUGCAAAAGAUGCCUUGGCCGCUGCAGAUGGCGGAGAGGCCGCAGAACGCAGCGCGGAUGUUUGAAGCCCUUCUUGUGAUUGCUUGGACGACUACGAAUUCCAUGCUGGUAUUUCUUGUUCUGGGUAUAGCAGAUGUCAGAGGCUUGUACUUGGCCGAGCCACGGGAAGUCCUAAAGAGCAAGGGGAUGCACUAUAUCGCCGGUGUUGUGUGGGUGCUUGCAGGGCUGACUGUAGUUCAAGUGAUUGGAGCUGCGCUCAACAGAGUGAUGACUAUCGGGAGAGGUUAUCGGCGGUAUCACUAUGAUGGGGGAAAUAAAGACGACUCUGAGUUUAUGAGUGUUACAUAG